AUGACUAAUAUUCCCUACAAAACUGAAAAACCAUUAGCCACCGAUGAAACAGAGCAUCGUAUUCGUAUUACGCUUACCUCGCAAAAUGUCUCAUCACUUGAAAAAGUGUGCGAGCAAUUAAUGAAUGGCGCCAAGGAAAAAAGUUUAGUUGUAAAAGGUCCAAUUAGAAUGCCGACAAAAAUACUUCGGAUAACUACUCGUAAAACGCCUUGUGGUGAAGGUUCCAAAACUUGGGAUCAUUUUCAGAUGCGAAUUCAUAAGCGCCUUAUCAAUAUGCACAGUCCUAGUGAUGUCCUGAAGCAAAUCACUAGUAUAUUGAUCGAACCUGGUGUGGAUGUUGAAGUGACUGUAAAUCAUGAUUAA